AUACCCUAUAUUUCAACUGCCUACCUCAAUUCAGGACAUGAAGCCACAAAUCCAGGGCUUGACCCAUCUUCUCCAAUAAUGUCGGAUACGAUAACUCUGGAUCGCACCAGCCCCGUCGAGACAUCCGAGAAUGAGGGGGACGGAAAGGAGGAUUCCAACUGGGUAUAUGGUUCAACCUAA